UAUUGCUCAAAACAUUUGCACCCCUUUUUUUGCACUUGCAUGAACCGUAUUUCAUUUUUUAUUUCAACCCACCUCACUUCAUUGAAAAUUAUUUGGUUAUUUGGUUAUUUGGUUAUUUUUUAACUAUUAUUUUUAUCUGAACAAUUUCGCCGAACUUUACUGUAUUGCAUCGAGUGGACCUUGGCCAUGGAUAAGCUGUCGGAAAUUUCAAAAUGGGAUGUCCUCAACGUGUACAACAAGGUCAAGAAUGUCGUCAUGAACUACACCGAGUUUGAAAUCAAGGUCAACGAGGCGACGGGUCCUGAGCCCUGGGGUGCCUCUAGCACCCUUAUGAGGGAAAUUGCCGACGGAACCAACAACAGGAAGUACUUUGAGGAGAUUAUGCCCGCAAUUUACCUCAGGUUCAACGACACAGACCCAUCGAACUGGCGCCAGGUCUACAAAGCACUGCAGCUGCUAGAGUACCUAAUCAAGAACGGCUCUGAACGGGUAGUCGACGAAGUGCAAAGCCACAUCACCGUUGUCAAAAUGCUUAAGAACUUCCACCACAUUGAUGCCAACGGCAAGGACCAGGGAAUUAACGUGCGCCAGAGGUCAAAGGAGAUUGUGGACUUGAUGCAUAACAGAGAACAAUUGCGUGAUGAGCGCAAGAAGGCCAAGGAGAAUCGCAACAAGUAUAACGGAUUCUCUGGUAGCUCCAAAUAUGUAGGGUUUGGCAGCAACACCGGUGGUGGUGGCAGCGUGACCAGUGGUACCAUCAAGUAUUUUGGCGGUGCCAACAGGAGUAGCGCCGACAGCAACAGCAGGUUUGCUGGGUUUGGAAGCGACAGCUAUGUGCCCUCGACCUCGCGCUUUGAAGACAGGAGUGAAAGCGGGAGCAGCAAUUAUCGCUCCGAGUUUGGUGAUAGACGAUCAGCAACACCAACAACGUUCGGAAACUCCUCUGUUUCUGGAAAUAGCUCUCGCCAAAAGACCCCAGUUGCUACGAAGCCUGUGACACCUGUGCCCGUUAUGGCCGACCUGUUCUCGUUUGACGAUGAGAUUGAUACUGGCUCCAACAAUACCUUUGCGGCACCCCCUGGCGCUGCCACCAGUAAUUUUGGAAAGAGCAUUGAUAACGCCGCAGCGACCUUCACUAUGCCUCCACCGGCUUCAGCCCCGGUAGCAAAGGCGCCCGCUGUCAGCAAUGCCCUCGAUGACGACUGGGGAGACUUCCAGAGCAGCAACUUUGCCGCUGUUAGCACAAGCACCCCUGUGGUUCAGCCGCCGAAGCCUCAGCAGCAGUUUGCCGCGACGAGCACUGCAAAGAACAACAAUCCGAUGAUGGAUUUGCUGGGCGGAGACGACAUUGGCUUUGGAAUCCAGCCGUUGUCCGUGUCGCCCACCUCAAAUGGCUUCCCGAAAAGCCCAAUAAGUCCUGGCGGCAGCACUUUCCAGCGGCCGCUCAGCCCAAUGAGCGUGUCGAUCAAGAAGCCGGAUAACAAGGCUGCGCAAAAGUCAGGCGCAUUCAGUGAUAUCUGGGACAUGAGCUCGGACUUGCUCUCACUGGACUCUCUUUCGCUGUCGAAAAAGGCCAACGGCAGUGGAUCAUCGGCGCAAAACCAGUCGGCGCGUGUGUCGAUGAACCAGCUUUCAGGCCAGUCCAGAAGCCCCUUUUAAUUAUUUGCCACAUUUAUACAACUGCCCUUUUCAUUAUUUAUUUUAUUUACACUUUUUUUGCAGUUCUAAUUUCAGAUACACUUGGUACACAUAUU